CAGCGAUUAGUUUACGGGAUUUUUUGCCAAAGGAGGACUGGGAGACAUUUUUAAAAAUCGGAGGAAGAAAUUGCUGGAAAGUGAAUUAAAGAAUUAUUUCAAAAAAAAUAUAAAUUGAGGAUUUUUUGUUGUUUCAUAAAACAAAUAAAAAAUAUAUAUAUUUUUAAUAAAAAGAAUAAAAUAAUGCAAAAUAAAUUGUGAAUAAAAUCUGACCCGAUUUGAUAACCAAAAAAACAAAUCUGAUUUACACAUGAAAAAAAUAUGAAAUAAAUUUAAAAAAAUAUGUAAGAAAUAUUAAAAAAAUCAUAAAAAAAAUUUAGAACAACUUGAAAAUAAUAAAAAAAAUAAACCAAAAAUUUCCAUUGGUAAUGGUAAAAAAAUAAGGUAACUAACAAAAGUGCUUUUUUCCUUUAAAAAACAAACAAAAACUACUUUCGGCAUAACAUUUUUGGCUCAGAAAAACAAAAAAGAAAACUAAAAACAAAACACCCCAAAUAUUUUGGACAAAUCACAAAACGAAAAAAAAAAUUAAAAAUUUUUAAUUUCCAAAAAACAAAACAAAUAAUUUUAAGUUCAAAUUUUAUGUUCAAAAGAAAACAAAAAGUGCAAACAAAAUUGUCAAAAUUCAAAAUUCGUUACAAUUUUAAGUUACUUUCAUUUAUCCCAAAAAAUAUUUUGAGUUCAAUUUUUAUUUUAACAAAAAACCCCACCAACAAAUUAAAACAAAUAAAACGCGCGUUUUAAACAAAAAUAAAGAAACAAGUGCAAAUAAUUGAAAAAAAUGUGGUUCCAAUUCAAAUAAAUGAUACAACCGUAACUUAAAGAAAGAAACGAGAACAGAAGCAGCAACAGCAGAAAUCUUCCCCAAAUUCAAGAAAAGUGAAACAAUCAAAAACAGAACCUCCUAACAGAGAACAAGAAAGACAAAGCAGAACGAAAAGAAAAAAAAACCUCCAGCAUUUUAGCCUUGCGAUCAUAUCCUGAUCGCUGUUCGGGUUUUCAGAGCGUGCACGCUGCACACACAGAGCUAAAUAUCCAGCAAGGAAAAGAGAGAGAUUUUUGUGGACGAUUUGCUUUUUCGCCUGUUUGUGUGUGUGUGCGAACUGUUCCUUAUGUUCUCACAGCCAUCCGCCGUGGUGUCACAUUUAAUGCCCCUGCCAGUGUGUGCUGUUGUUUAAGCAACUCAACACCCAACAUUCCGUAACGAAUGUAGCAAUCAAUGGCUACUUUGGCCACUGAAAUGCCGCCGUUACAUACGGCGGAAUCUUUGGCCGGUAUCCAAACGCCGGCCAAUUCCUCACAACCGCCGCCCUCGAACAUGGGCGGCCUAAACAAUGCGGGUGGAAGCAGUGAAUCCAAUGGCCUCAUUGAUUCCUCACAAAACUCCAAUUCCCAGGCAGAGGCCAUGGAUGCCGGGGGCAACAAUAGCUCGGGCGCCAAUUCCACUGGUGUUGCCAGCUCUACCACAACGACCCAACAAUCAUCGACGACAAAUGGCAAUACCAGCAAUACCAUAUCAGCGGCCGCUGAUUCUAGUGAUAAUCAACCAGCCACGCCCCAGCCUCAUCAUCAUCACCAGCAGCAGCAGCACCAGCAGCACCAUCAACACAAUGGCAGUGAUAGCCAGCACUCCAACUCCUCCGGAACUCAUAUGCAGAGUCAAAGUGGUGGCAUGGGACCCAAUUCCCAUCAUCCCUAUGCCAAUCAUCACAUGUAUGCCGGGGCCCAACAGCCCAGCACCACCUCGGCUGGCUCGGGCCAUAAUCUGCAGCAGCAGAUGUAUCCAGGUUCCCAUCAGAAUAUUUAUGGCUCCGCCAACAUGGAUAUGUCACAGCAACAGCCACAGUCUCAGCCCCAAACUCCCACUCAACAUUCCGGUUAUCCCUCCUACCUCAACAGCUAUGAACAGUUCUAUCAGCAACAGCAGCAACAUGCCGCCGCCACUGCUGCAGCAGCCCAGCAAAGCGGCUCCAUGGAUUAUAUGAAUGGCAAUUCCCAGAACUCCAAUAUGUAUCCUGCCACCGAUUACAGCAAACAGCAGCCGGCCGGAGUACGCUAUCAUCCCUAUCUGCACACACCCACCUCAGGGCUGUCCUCGAGCUCCAAUUCUGCUAAUGGAGCUGUACCACCACCGGCUUCCUCAAAUUCCUCAAAUAAUGCGCUGGACGCGGUCAAUUCCCAUGCGGCACCCGUGGUCUCCUCGGCCAGUUCAAGUGUCAUGAGUCCGCGUGUUGUCAGCUCCACAAGUCCCUCAUCGUCCAGCAAUCAAAUGCAAAUGAGCGGCAGUGCCAGCAGCAUUGGCAGCAUGUCUGCCGGCAAUCCCAGUUCGCCGGCCGGUGGGGUGCCGCAGUGUAAGAAAUGCGGCAUAAUGUGUACCAAUGACAAUGAGCUGCAGGAGCACAUUGCCAAUGUGCAUGGGGCCUCGCCCUAUGCCAGCAGUGGUUAUGCCAGUUCGCCCUACAUCAAGGAGGAGCUGCAGUCCCAGCAAACACCUCCCUCACAGCAUCAGCAGCAGCAUCAACAUCCCUCUCAGCAGCAGCAGCAAUCAGGUGGUGGGAAUCCUGGUGAAAUCCUGGAUUUGGAUAGCCAAAAGAUGUUAUAUCCUCCACCUGGUGGCCAGGGUCUCAUGCCCGGCGGCGGUGGCAUGAUGCAUCAUCAUGGCUCCAGCACAGAUCCCCUACAAUCCAUGCACAGCAUGCAACAGCGGGCCGGCAUGGCCACAUGGGACCAACAAUCCACCGAAGGUCUUCCGCCCUAUCUCCAGCAAAACUCCAAUGAUGGCAGUGGCAAGAGCAUGCCCAGCCACUCACCCUACUAUCCCACGUCCAAGGACUCACCCUAUCAUGUGAGCAACAGUUCAAAUGUCAUUAAAUCGGAAUAUCCGAUGAUAAAAAAUGAAUAUCCCGGCGAUAACCAGUACAUGGCUGGCGAUAAGUCCUUUGAUCCCACGGCUCCGACGGCCGGGCAACAUAUGAUGCCGCCGGCUGUGUCAUCUAGCCCAGCGGAGUUUCCCUCAACGACAACGGAUGGCGGAGGCCAGGCGACGGGAAAUCAACCAUUUCGUAGCGGCAAUUUUGAGCCACCCACUUCUAGUUCGGCGCUUAGCACGAAUUUGGGUACCAAGGCGGCCAACUGGAAAUCGAAUGAGGCUCGAAGGCCCAAGACCUAUAAUUGUACGGCCUGUAACAAAUGGUUCACCAGUUCAGGGCACCUGAAACGCCAUUACAAUACCACGCUGCACAAAAAUGCCGUGAAAUCCAGUGGCCAACCUGAUCCGGCCACCUUGCCCAUUUCGGCCCAUCAUCAUCCGGCCAGGGAGGGUACCUCCAAACCAAGUCGGCGGGGUGGAGCAGCAGCUGCGGCGGCCGCAGCAGCCGCCGCCGCCAAUGCUGCCGCCCUACAGCAACAGCCGCCGAAUCCUGUUAUACCUCCCGAACCGCCCAACAGUCCGCAUGACUAUGGCGGGCCCCAGACGGCAGCUGGUGGCCUGGCGCCCAUGUCCCACUAUGCUGCCACACCCUCGCCCAACAGCAUGUAUCAGCAGCAACAGCAGCAGUAUCCGUACAUGCCGCAGGUACAAUCCACGACAAACGCUUCACCACAGCAUGCUUCCCAAAUGGCUGGCGCCCAACAGCAGUCCGGCCCACAUCAAACGCAAACCACCGUUAUGAACGGUCACCCAAACGCGUUAGCAGGCCCCUCCGUCCCAACGACAACCCAACAACAAAUGCCGUCCUCCCAAAUGAGGGGCCUGCUGAACAACAACAACAACACAACCACAACAACAAUGCUUAUCACAAAGAACGAGCACAUGGAGGCGGCAACGGCAGACCCGGAUCAACAGGAUCCGGAUCUGGAAGACGAGGAGGAGGAGGAGGAGGAUCUGGCGGAGGCCGGGGAGGAGGAGGAGGAGCUGGAGGAGGCAGUGGGCAUACUCACGGAACCUCAAACGGCGGCUCACACCCCGAAUCAUCAGCAGCAGCAGCAGGAGGUCUAUGUGAAACAGGAGGACUUGGAGGAAGUGCAGCAGGCACACCACCACAUGCCACAGUCACAGCAUCACUUGCACUAUCAGCUGGACCAGCAGCAGCACCAGGCCUCGCCGGACAUGGAGCGUCUCUAUCACAACACCACGCCCAGCAGCACCCACAGCAACAUGCAAGUCCACUCGCCCCUUAUUAUCUCCCACCAGCAAUACCGGGAGCAACUGGAGCUGGAGCAGCAGCAGCAAAUGGCGCCGGCGGCCACCUAUACCCUCACGCCAACCCCUCCGCCGCUGCUUCAUCCCCAUACAAUGGAUCAGCUACAGCCGCAGCAGCCCUACAUCAGCAUGCCGCCUUUGGCUAUCAACACGCAGCAGCAGCCCAGCAGUAUGCUGCAGCUGCCGCCGCAGCACAUCACCAUGGGGCAGCCGGAUACUACCACCAUCCCCACCAGUAUGGCCAAUAUGCUGCUGCAGGCGCCCAGCCACCACAUGCCGCAGCAGUCGCUUACGGAGCUGCAGCCGCUAGCCAAUACUCCGCAGCAGUUGCAGCAGCUGGACACAAUCAGUACCAAUACCCACCAGCAGCACAUCACCACCACCAACAGCAUCACCAGCAUGCCAUCGUACCACCAGCUGCAGCAGCAGCAGCAGGGCUCGGUACUGCAGCCGCUGGACCACACGCUGACCUAUCAUCACACUAUUAUUGGUAAUGGUGGCAGUAAUGGUGGUGGGGCCCAACUGCCCUCCAUUGGUAGUUUGGCCAAUGCGGAGAUUUAUACCCUGGAUGCCUAUGGGAAUUUGGUGCCCACCUCCACCACGGCGGGUGGGCAUCAGCAUCAGCAGCUGAUACAAAUGGAGGAUGGUCAAAUUGUGCAAUUGAUACCGGCCGCAACGGGUGGAGGGGCGACAACUCUGUAUUCGCAGGCCAGCUAUAAUCCCUACAUGGCCCAGAGGUCACCCCAUGAAGGUGAUCUGCCACCCAUGACCUAUCAAUACAAACAAGAGCCCAGUACAACUGUGACCGUGGUGCCCUCUUCCAUGGCCUAUUCGCCAUCACUGACACCCUCAUCCACCAGCAAUUCCAUGGAUCAGAAGCCCUAUAAAUAUUCCGAUGAUUAUCUCAACAACAAUUAUGGCAGUGGCGAGCAGCAGCUGCAGGAGUUCCGCAGCGCAACGCCUCCCCAAACCAAACUCCCCGAAGACAUGGAGGAGGAGGAGGAAAACAAGGUGGAGAGCAAAAAACCACCACCCGCCAUUGUACCGGCCACCAAACGCAAACGCAAUCCCAGCAGCUCGAGCAGUGUGGGCGCCCCGCCUGUCACCGUACUGCCCAGUGGACGCAUCAAAUGCAUACCCUGUGACAAGGAGUUCACGAAAAUCUGUUACCUGACGCAGCACAACAAGAGUUUCCAUUCCGGUGAGUAUCCGUUUCGUUGUCAGAAGUGCGGUAAACGCUAUCAAACCGAAGAGGUCUACAUUACCCAUUUGGGUAAGCACAAGACCACGGACAAGGCGCACAAGUGUGACAUGUGUCCGAAGCAAUUCCAUCACAAGACCGAUUUGCGGCGGCACAUUGAGGCCAUCCAUACGGGCAAUAAGCAGCACACCUGUGAGAUUUGUGAAAAGGGUUUCUGUCGCAAGGAUCAUUUGCGUAAGCACAUGGAGACGCACAGUAGGCCAAGGGUGGCCACCAAGAAGUCGAGGGUCGCCGGUGGGCGGGGUAUAACUGCUUUUCUCAAGGCGGAAAAGAAAUCCGCCAAAGAAACGCCAAAUUUGGUUUUGGAAAAUCCCCAGGCCUCGGCCUCAAAUAGUUCAUAUUCCUCGGCCACACCACCACCGCCGCCCUCACAAGCCACCAUGGCCACCACCAUGUCGGGCCAAUUGCUACAAACUAUCUAUGAAAAUUCCGCCUCACCCUCGCCAAUGCAACAGGCAAUGCCACAGCGUCAGCUGCAAACCGCCACCCCGCAAUCGACGGCCAUGCAACCUUUGGAUGAUGUUGCUGCUGAUGAUGAGGAUUUGUUGGAUGAAGAAGAGCUAGAUGACUAUGAUCCGAAUGAUAUGGAUGAGGAGGAGUACAUUAGCAUAGAAUCCUAUGAGAAACAGAUUCAGCAGCAACAACAACAAAGGCAACAAAUGCAACAGCAGCAGCAACAACAACAGCAAUUUAAUGCGGGUGGUGGCGGUGGCGGUGCUGGUGCUGGGGCCACAGAGUUCUCUUUAAUGCUCAAACAGGAGCAACAACAGCAUCACCAGCAACAUCUGCUGCAACAUGGCGACAGUAGUAGCCAGCCACAGUCCUAUCAGAUAAUUGAACAAGAAAUUCCUAUUUAUUAAUUCAGGGUUGUCCAGGUCUAAGGCGAUUGAUCCAAGGAUUUUUGAGAGAUGAGAGACAAGGGAAUUUUUUUUUUUGGAAACAUUUUUUUUAAAUGGAUUUUUAAAAACAGAAGUUAAAUCUGGAAGAUGAUAAGAGAAAGAGAGAGAGAGGGAGAAAGAGAGCAGAGUUUCGAUAUCUCCAUUUACGUAACUAGGCCUUUUUUAAAUCCGUGAAAGCUGCGAGAGAACUGCGAUUUCUUCCUGAAAUACUUAAGAGAGAAUGAGAGAUUCUGGAUUUGAAAUCAGAGAGGGAGAGAGAGCAGAGUUUUGAUAUCACCAUUUUCGUAAAUACGUCUUUUUUUAUCCAGAGAAGAGCGAUUUCUCCCUGAAAUAUUUAAGACAGAAUGAGAGAUUCUGAAUUUUAAAUCAGAGAGAGGGAGAGAGAGCAGAGUUUCGAUAUCACCAUUUUCGUAAAUUCGUCUUUUUUUACUUCCGAGGAAGACGCGAGAGAAUGCGAUUUCUCCCUGAAAUACUUAAGAGAUUUGUUGUCACAAUGAAUGGGAGAUUUUGCUGAGGGAAAAUUUUGAAGUCUCUGAAAGGAGAGACUUUUUCAUAAAGUACUUCUUAAAAGAGAUUCCAGAAAAUUUCUUAAGGGAAUCGAGGGAAAUUGAAAAUCCUGGGACAGCAGAUUCUUUAUCACCAUUUUCGUAAAUAUAUUUUUAUUUUCAAACGAGGGAAGCCUCAAAAGAAAGGCGGGAUGUAUUGCUCCUCCCAUAUUGAGUAAAUGCAGCGAAGAGAAUCUUAAAGUCCUAGAAAGCUUAAAUUUCGAUUUCUUUAAGUGGCGCCCAACGUAACUUUUUUUUACUUCCCUUGCCUCCCCUCUAUUACCAAAUAUGGAAAAUUUUUCAGGAUCAGAGUUUCGAUAUCACCAUUUUCGUAAAUAUGUCUUUUUUUAAAUCCAGAGAAGCCGCGAGAGAAAUACGAUUUCUCUCUGAAAUACUCAAGAGAUUUGUUGGCACAAUGAAUGAGAGAUUUUACUGAGAGAAAAUGUUGAAGUGCCAGCAGGGAGAGACUUUUUCCAUAAAUUACAUCUCAAGAGAGAUUCUAGAAAAUUUCUUGAGAAAAUCGAGGGAAAUGGAAAAUUCUGGGACAGCAGAUUCUUUAUCACCAUUUUCGUAAAUAUAUUUUUAUUUUCAAACGAGGGAAGCCUUAAGAGAAAGGCGGGAUAUAUUGAUGCUCCUCCCAUAUCGAGUAAAUGCAGCGAAGAGAAUCUUAAAGUCCUGGGAAACUUGAAUUUGGAUUUCUUUAAGUGGCGCCCAACGUAACAAUUUUUUUACUUCCCUUGCCUCUAUUACCAAAUAUGGAAAUAUUUCAGGAGCAGAGUUUCAAAGCCUCAAGAGAAAUGCGGGAUUUAUCGCCGCUCCCAUAUCGAGUAAAUGCAGCGAAGAGCAUCUCAAAGUCCUGGGAAGCUUGAAUUUCGAUUUUUUUUAAGUGGCGCCCAACGUGACUGUUUUUUUACUCCCCUUGAUAUAUGGAAAUGGAAAUUUUUUAGAGCAGAGUUUCGAUACCUCAUGAGAAUGGCGGGAUUUAUUUCUCCUCCCAUAUCGAGUAAAUGCAGCGAAGAGAAUCUUAAAGUCCUUGGAAGCCAGAUUUUUGAUUGCCCUUUGCAUUUUUUAAAGUGGCGCCCAACGUGACUCUUUUACUUCACUGUCCUAUAAAUCCAAAUAUGAAAAUUUUUUUAGGAGCAGAGUUUCGAUUGUUACCAUUUUCAUAAAUACAUAUUUUUUUUACUUCCGAGGAAGCCGUGCAAGAAAUGCCUCACCAUAGCGACGGGAUUUAGACGCUUCCCUCUAUAAAUGCAGCGAAGAAAAUCUAAAAGUCCGGGGAAGCCAGAUUUUGGCUUUACCUUUGUUUUUUUUCUUAAGUGGCGCCCAAUGUGACUCUCUUUUUUUUACUCCCCGUGGCUCUAUAACCAAAUUUGGAAAAUGUUCAUGAGGAAUUAAAGAAGUAUUGGCUUUGUUUUAGAUUUUGUAGACAUAAAAAGGUUUUAGACAUUUUAACCCCUGAAGUUUUGAAUUUUUGCUUGUGGCGCCCAAUACGACUCGUUUUUGACUCCCGUCCAUAUUUUGGAAAUUUUCAUGAGAAAUUAAAGAAGUAUUGGCUUUGUUUUAUUUUUGUAAGAGAAAAGGGUGAUUUCAGACAUUUAACCCCCAAAAUUGUGCAGUUUUGCAAUUGGCGCCCAACGUGGAUCAUUUUCCCCAAAAAGGUGAUUUUAUAUAUUUUAAGCCCUAAAAAUGAGAAUUUUCUUCAUAGCCAUACUGUGGAGUUUUAAUUGAAAGCAAAGAGUUUUGUUGGUGAAACAAUCAAGGCUAGAGAAAAUUUGCAGCUUCCUCAUUCCGCCUUUGAAUAGUUGUUAGACUGAUGAAAUUUUUCCCAAUUUUCAUUUUCAAAAAUUGAUUUUUUUGUAUUUGAAUGCCCUGCUCUGGUCAUUGCAAACAGGACAAUUUUAAAUACAAAAAAAAAAACUUAAUAUACCUCCUUUUUCUUAAACUCUGACCAGAUAAUUUGAAAAAAAAAAUUGAUUGCAAAAAAUGUGAGCCAAAAAUGUUAUGCCUUUACAGUAUUCAUAUCAAAAAAUUUUCUUAGUUUCAAAAAAUUUUCUUAGUUUAAUGACAAAAUCCAGGAAUACAGGUAGCAUGGAGAUUUUCGCCAAUGUACAUAAAUACAAAAAGAGAGAAAAAAGUUCAGAGUUUAAAAAUUGAAGCGUCUUUUCGUGGAAGUCGAAGGACCAUUUACUACUUCACUGUCUCUGAACGAAGUGUUUGAGCAUUUAGCACUUUUUUCAAGUCGAAGGACCAUUUAUCGUUUUUGGGGUUUAUUCAAGAAAUUCCGUUUGAAUUUCCCAAAGGUUAUAAGGAUUUUUAAUAAAUACCUUAUUUCUCUCUCGAUAGUUCCUCAGAAGUGAAAUUAAGGACCAUUUACUAUUUCACUCUCUCUGAGCGAAGUGUUUGAGCAUUUAGCAUUUUUUUUUUCAAGUCGAAGGACCAUUUAUCAAAUUUUCAGCUUUUUUCCGGCAAAAGAAGAUUUCGGGUUUAUUUAAAAAAUUCCGUCUAAUUCCGUCCGUGAUUUAGUGCUCAAUUUGAAUGGAAAUUUGGAAAUUUUCCUAAACUAAAGAAUGGUUCCAUUUUUGCUCUUCUUGUCUGGGGCAACAAACCUAGUUUGGUCUUUACACCUUGGGAUUUUCAAAGUGGUGCCCAACGUGCCUCCACUUGUCCAUACCAUCAAAUAUGACCAAUUUUUUUGGAAUUAAAAGAGACAUUGUUCUGUUUAACUUUUUCUAGGUAACCGAAGAAGGAAUUCAUUGGAAAUUUUAAUGAAUUCCACGUUGGGCGCCAUUUGUAAUCUUUGGGAUUGAGGUCUCUCACUACUUGGUUAGAAUAUGGUUUUUGAGGUUACUUUUCUUGACUUGGGCUACACGCCUAGUUUGAUCUUUAUAACGUGGAAUCUUCAAAGUGGCGCCCAACGUUGCUCCAUUUGUCCAUACCAUCAAAUAUGACCAAUUUUUUUUGGAAUUAAAAGAGACAUUGUUCUGUUUAACUUUUUUAAGUAACUGAAGGCAGAAUUCAUUAGAAAAUUUUAAUGAAGGUGGCGCCCAACGUGGGAUGGAUGCCAUUUGUAAUUUUUUGAGAUUGGGGUUUAAUUUACUUGGUUAGAAAAUGGUUUCUGAGUUAAAGAAUGACUACGUUUUUGCUUUUCUUGUCUUCUAGGGCUACAGUCCUAGUUUGGUCUUUAUAGCGUGGGAUUUUCAAAAUGGCGACCAACGUGUCUCCAAUUGUCCAUACCAUCAAAUAUGACCAAUUUUCAUGGAAUUAAAAGGGACAUUGUUCUGUUUAACUUUUUUAAGUAACUGAAGGCAGAAUUCAUUAGAAAAUUUUAAUGAAGGUGGCGCCCAACGUGGGAUGGGUGCCAUUUGUAAUUUUUUGAGAUUGGAGUUUAAUUUACUUGGUUAGAAAAUGGUUUCUGAGUUAAAGAAUGGCUACAUUUUUGCUCUUCUUGUCUUCUAGGGCUACAGUCCUACUUUGGCCUUUACACCUAGGGAUUUUCAAAGUGGCGCCCAACGUGUCUCUAAUUGUCCAUAUCAUCGUAUUUCACCAAUUUUCUUGGAAAUAAAAUAGGCCUUGAUUUGUUUAACUUUUUUUAAGUAACCGAAGGAGGAAAUCAUUGGAAAUAUUCAAUGAAAUGUUGAAGUGGCGCCCAACGUGGCUGUAAUAGUUUACAUCAUCAUAUUUGCUUAUUUUCAAUGGAAAUAAAAACAGAAUUGUUUUUUUUUUUGAGUCACCAAAGGAAAAAUAAUAAUAGAAAAUUUUGAAGAAGGCCCCACGUUGGGCGCCAUUUUUUUAUGAUUUGACUUAGUAUUUGAUUUAAUUAACAUUAUAUUGCUUUUCUUCACCUCCAGUACUCUCCUGAUUAAUUUGGGAGAGGCAAAUGGUAAAAGAGAAAAUGCUCUUCCUUCUCUCUCUUUCUCUCUCAUAGUUUUAGAACAUAUAUAUUUUUAUAGUAAUGGGCCCACAUUGGGCGCCAUUUUUAAUUGUCUGAUUAGGUGUUUUCUUUAAUUGCAUAGAAAUGGAAUUCGAAGAUAAAAAAUUGCCAUAAUUUUGCUAUUCUUGACUUCCUUCACUCUCUUGAUUAAUUUGGAAGAGGCAAAUGGUAUAUUCUUAUUUCCUCUCUCUCUCAAUCUUGAUCUCUCUCAUAAUUAUAGAACUUAGAUUUCUCUGAGCAAAACAUUUAAAGACGGUGUGUGGAAACAAAAUAUAUUUUUUGUUUUUGAAAUUGGCCCCACGUUGGGCGCCAUAUUUAAUUGUGUUUUGAAUUUAAUUGGUUUAAAUAGGGAUUGGAGAUUAAAAAACUGGAUAUAUUUUUGUUGCUCGGCAUUUUAAGUAUUUUCCUAUUUUUUUUAAUUGUGAGAGGGAACUUUUCUCUCUCACUCACUCUCUUUGAAAUUUGGUUUUCCCUCAGCAAAACUUUCAUGGAUUGACAAGAGUUGUGAAAAUAACUUUAAUAAAACACUUACUCUCUUCCGAUAUCUCUCACUCCCUCCUUCUCUCUUUCUCUUAAAAAUAUGUUAAGCUCUUUUCAAGCAUUUUAAAUUUGAAAAAUAACUACAUUUCAUGUGUCUCUCAUCUCUCCAAAACCUUAUUCUCUUGUAAAAAAAAUAUGUUGAAAUACCUUGAUUACAAAACCCUCAAUUUUGUAAUUCUCAAUGACAAUGCGUUCAAAUGCCAUUAAUUUUUAAAACAAACAUAAGCUCAAAGAUUUAUUUUUUUUCCGGACAACAAAAAACGAAAAAAAAACGAAAAGAAAGACAACUAAAUAGUGAUACCAAAUCAUUUUUUUAUAUAAAUAUAAAAAUAAAUACAGAACAAUAUCAGGGAUUAUUAGUGUUAAUAAUUUUAGUAUUUUUUUUUUAAUUUUAAUUUUAUAAUUUUUAUAAAUUGUAUUAUUUUUUUAUAAUUUAAGAAAACAAAAAAAACUAUGAUUUUUGCUUGCCUCAUGAUUUAAAAUUUUCUUAGUGUCAUAUUUAAAAAAAAAAACAAAACAAAACAACAAUUAUACUCAUAUUU